AUGAAGUUCUCCAUCAUCGCCCUUAUCGUCCCCCUCGUCGCCGGUGCCGCCAUCCAAGAGCGCCAGGUCAGCCCCGAGUGCGAGAAAUGGGGCUCUCUUGACCACCCGUACCCCUUUGCCACACAGUGGGGACAAUACUUCCUCUGCUGCAACUACUUGGGACCAAACGACCUUUCUCAGGGCUGCUGUGAUCCCGCUGGCGCCAAUACGGGCAGCGGUGCUCCUGGAUGCCCUUAA